ACAGAUUUCUUAUCAGCUUCCACACUGUGGAGCCACAGCCCUCAGAGGUAAGCAAGGUUUCCUGCCUGGAGAAAAGGAUUUGAAGCAUUCCAGCCAUAAUGACGGACAGAAGCCCCUUCGAAACCGACAUGCUCACCCUGACCCGCUACGUUAUGGAAAAGGGGCGUCAGGCCAAAGGGACUGGGGAGCUCACCCAGCUGCUGAACUCAAUGCUCACGGCCAUCAAAGCCAUCUCCUCGGCCGUACGCAAGGCCGGCCUGGCCCACCUGUAUGGAAUCGCAGGAAGCGUGAACGUGACGGGAGAUGAGGUGAAGAAACUGGACGUGCUAUCCAAUUCCCUGGUGAUCAACAUGCUCCAAUCCUCCUACAGCACCUGCGUCCUGGUCUCAGAAGAGAAUAAGGACGCCAUCAUCACCGCCAAGGAGAAGAGGGGGAAAUACGUGGUCUGUUUUGACCCACUGGAUGGAUCUUCCAAUAUUGACUGCCUGGCCUCCAUCGGAACCAUCUUUGCCAUCUACAGAAAGACCUCAGAGGAUGAGCCUUCUGAAAAGGACGCCCUGCAGUGUGGCCGCAAUAUUGUGGCCGCAGGUUAUGCGCUGUACGGUAGUGCAACCCUGGUGGCUCUUUCCACAGGGCAAGGCGUGGACCUCUUCAUGCUUGACCCGGCUCUUGGUGAAUUUGUCCUGGUGGAAAAAGAUGUCAAGAUUAAGAAGAAAGGAAAGAUUUACAGCCUGAAUGAGGGCUAUGCCAAGUAUUUUGAUGCGGCCACCACUGAAUAUGUGCAGAAAAAGAAAUUCCCUGAGGAUGGCAGUGCUCCGUAUGGAGCCAGGUAUGUGGGCUCCAUGGUGGCUGACGUGCACCGCACCCUGGUCUAUGGAGGAAUCUUCCUGUACCCAGCCAACCAGAAGAGCCCUAAGGGCAAGCUCCGGCUCCUGUAUGAAUGCAAUCCUGUGGCCUACAUCAUUGAGCAGGCAGGAGGCUUGGCAACCACGGGGACCCAGCCUGUACUGGACGUGAAGCCCGAGGCAAUUCACCAGCGAGUCCCCCUCAUUUUGGGGUCACCAGAGGAUGUGCAGGAAUAUCUCACCUGUGUGCAGAAAAAUCAGGCAGGUAGCUAGCGAGUUUGACCCCACAUGCCCUCUUCUGUUUGUCUUGCACCUUGUCUAAGGAUCCUAAAUGAAUGAUAAACAGAGAUAGUAGCAAUGAGUAUAUAAAAGGUAAAUCCACCUAAUCACAUACAGAAGAGCAACAACAAACUGCUUACGACAGGUUUGGAAGCCACAGGCGAUUCUGUGGUCAAUGUGAAGGACUAGAAAUAAAAACCCACAUGUGGAAA